AUGACUAUUGCCGGUCGUCCCGCUUUGCCUGUCCUGCCAUUCUUUCUGGUAUCGCAGCUUGGUCAUGCGUGUCUAAUCGCAGUGUCUCCGCGAUGGCCUGGACGCCUCGUAGGCACGGUCGCUCUGUACACGUUCAUCGCGUCAGCCUACAAAUUCACUACGGGAGACGCUCAGCGUGAUUAUUCUAUAGGCAACACCAUUGCGAUCCAAACCUUCUCCAUACUCCUGCUCAAUUGGCUUACCAAUCCAAUACACGACUUCCGCCAUGAGCGCGACGACUCCGCACCUGCGGACCUUUCCUUCUUCCGCCGAGUCUGGUGGGCUCUAUGCGUAAUCAACAGUCCGCGAGGAGUCGGAUGGUCUUACGAGGUUGCCAACACUCCGCCGCGCCCAAGUGAACCACGAUGGCUCUUUGUACGCAAGAUAUGCCUCAGCGCGUUCCGGUGGUUUCUAUUUGUCGACCUCGCCCAAUCAUACCAGCGCUCCAAUCAGCUGUUCUCGAGGCGAGACAUGGACCUCUCGUCGCAAGGCUAUCUCAUGCUCCCUAUUAACAUCGUCGCGCGGUUCGGCAGUCUUGUUGGGAUGAUCGCCAUGCAGUACUCGCUGUUGGCUGCUAUCUGCGUUGCCCUUGGCAUCUCAUUGCCAAGAGACUGGCCAGGGGUUUACGGUCGGUGGUCUGACUCAUACACCGUCCGCAGGUUUUGGGGACGGACGUAUCACCAGCUACUGCGUCGACUCACAGCUGGUAUCGGCAAGGCUUGUUGCCGGGCAUUAGGUCUGCAACCCGGCACACGGGCAUCAUCAUACACCCAAUUGUAUGUUGGCUUCGCCGUCUCCGGGCUCUUGCACUGCUGCGGAGAUUUGAUGGUGAAUCCAUCCCUCUUCGGCGCGUCGUUCCCUUUCUUCUUCUUGCAAGCCGUCGCAAUCACCUUCGAGGACGCCGUCGUUGGCAUCGUGCGGAGAAGCGGUGUGAAAUUCCCUCUACCGCUCGCCCAUAUCAUCGGAUACGCAUGGGCUAUCUCGUGGUUGUGCAUCUCUGCACCGUGGCAGAUCAACUGGACGCUGAAGGCCGGGAUCAUCGACACCAACCGCGUACCGCUCUCGCUCAUUGACCGCGUGGCCCCAAAUCUGGUUCCGAGUGUUGCUAAGUUAGCCGCUACUAUCCCAAUGUAUAUGAAGGUAGAGGCUUGAUCAAACGCGACGGUGCUUACUGGUAGAUUGUCCCCCUGUGUUGAUAUCGUCAUUGUACAUGACUUUGCUUGUUAAAGAGUCUAGUAUAGGCUGAGGUUCAGUAAUUACGAUUCAUGUAUGUAGCACGUUGUCGUAGCUUGCAGCCAUCGUACUUGUGCUUA